GAUCAAGGAUGCUCUUGGGAAUGGAAAGGUUAAGCACUGGAAACAAACAUUCAGAAGGAAAAAUGGAUCCCUGGUCUUGGUCAGAAACUAAUGGCUUUCGACUUUUCACCCCUGAGUCCUUGGCAGCAAUUGAGCAAAGAAUUGCUGAGAAAAAAAAGCAGCCAGACAAAGAAAAAGAGAAGAAUAAGCACCAAGGAGUUGAAGAAGAACAACUUACUCCCCAACUUGAUCUGCAAAUCUGCAAAAAGCUGCCAUCUCUUUAUGGGGACAUUCCAGCAGAGCUCAUUGGGGAACCCCUGGAGGAUUUGGAUCCAUACUACAGUGAUCACAAGGUUAAAACUUCCAAAAACUUAACUUUGUCUGCUGGUUUAAACACUGCCUGUCCCAGAGUAGAUCAUGCUGGAAUUGCAGAUGCUUUCUCUGAAUGACAAAGAUUAUACUAAUUAGGGGAGGGAUAUUGGAGAUAUUCCAGCACUUUGUGCCACACACCAAUGUAUUUGCAUUGUCGUAAAUUAAUUUUCUGUUAA